AUGGCAGUUGGGUUGGCAAUAUCAAGUGCAGGAGGGCAAUAUAAUGGCAAGAUGACACCAUUUGUGCUCCUCUCUUGCAUGGUGGCAGCCACAGGAGGAGUUAUUUUUGGCUAUGACAUUGGAAUUUCAGGUGGAGUGACAUCAAUGGAGCCAUUUCUCAAAAAGUUCUUCCCAGAAGUGUACACCAGGAUGAAAUCCGACAAGAAAAUCAGCAACUAUUGCAAAUUUGAUAGCGAAUUGUUGACCUCCUUCACAUCCUCACUCUACAUAGCUGGCCUUUUAGCUUCCCUUUUUGCCAGUUUGGUCACGAGAGCUUAUGGCCGCAAGCCUUCAAUCCUUGCUGGGGGUGCUGCAUUUCUUGCUGGUUCGGCUUUAAACGGUGCAGCUUUGAACAUCUACAUGCUAAUCCUAGGUCGCAUCUUGCUUGGUGUUGGUGUUGGUUUUGCUAAUCAGGCUGUUCCUUUGUAUCUUUCGGAAAUGGCACCAGCAAAACACAGAGGAGCAAUUAACAAUGGCUUCCAAUUUAGUGUUGGCAUUGGUGCUCUGUCAGCUAACCUCAUCAACUACGGCACUGAAACGAUCAAAGCCGGUUGGGGUUGGCGAAUCUCCCUAGCCAUGGCGGCAGUCCCUGCCUCAAUGCUAACACUUGGUGCAUUUUUCCUUCCUGAAACACCAAACAGUCUCAUUCAACGCAGCACAGACCACCAAAGGGCCAAGCAAAUGUUACAGCGCAUCAGAGGCGUCGAUGAUGUAGAAGCAGAGCUUGAUGAUCUCAUCAAAGCAAACAACAUAUCAAAAACUAUCAAACACCCUUUCAAGAAAAUCUUAGAGAGAAAGUAUAGGCCUCAACUUGUCAUGGCAAUAGCCAUACCAUUUUUCCAGCAAGUGACAGGGAUCAAUGUCAUAGCCUUUUAUGCCCCGAUUCUUUUUCGAACAAUUGGUUUGGGAGAAAGCGCAUCGCUUUUGUCUUCUGUCAUGACUGGCAUUGUUGGUACAAUCUCAACCUUCAUAUCUAUGCUCAUAGUGGACAAAUUUGGGAGAAGAGCUUUGUUCAUGGUAGGGGGAAUUCAAAUGUUGGUGUCACAAAUUAUGAUUGGGGGUGUGAUGGCAGCUCAGCUUGGUGAUCAUGGUGGAGUGAGCAAAGGGUAUGCAUAUUUAGUGCUGGUUUUGAUAUGCAUAUAUGUAGCAGGAUUUGGGUGGUCAUGGGGGCCUCUUGGAUGGCUGGUGCCUAGUGAGAUUUUCCCUUUGGAAAUUCGAUCAGCCGGGCAAAGCAUCAAUGUGGUUGUGAAUUUUUUGUUCACUUUCAUUGUUGCUCAAACUUUUCUAGCAAUGCUUUGCCACUUCAAGUCAGGGAUUUUCUUCUUUUUUGGGGGUUGGGUGUCGGUGAUGACCAUGUUCGUCUACUUGUUUUUGCCGGAGACGAAGAACGUGCCUAUUGAGAAGAUGGAGAUGGUGUGGGUGGAGCACUGGUUUUGGAGGAGAAUUGUGGGGGAUUUUAGCAAGGACGCUAAGAUAGAAGCGCCUUGA